GGGCGGGGCCAAGUGGGAACACCUGGAAACUAAUGCGGAGAAAAGACUUUUACGGAAAACACCUCAGUUUAACGUCCAGUGAGGAGAUUUCUCUCGCCAACAAGCCAAGCAUGGGUCUCUGUGACGGGCUGUCCCGCUGUAAACUGGCGCUGGCCUUCGCCGUGUUUAUGGAUCUGGUGGGAGGAGGAGCUCUGCUGGUGGGAGUCUUUGCUCCUCUGGAGAUCAACGGAAAGGACUUCGGAGACUUGCUGGUCUAUACUGGAGCCCUGUUUGUGGUGGCGUCCCUGGCCGGCUGGGUCCUCUGGUACAGCGGGAACAUCGACGGCCCAACGGCCAGGAAGGAGCUCGGUCACAUCAGCAGCGCCGUCGACCGACUCGCCCGCAACCUCAGCCGUAAGAUCCGCUCGCACCGGACCGGCCGCUGAGCCCGGGUCGGCCGCUGAUCCCGGGGCGGCCGCUGAGCCCGGACCGGCCGCUGAGCCCGGGGCGGCCGCUGAGCCCGGGGCGGCCGCUGAGCCCGGGGCGGCCGCUGAGCCCGGGCCGGCCGCUGAUCCCGGGCCGGCCGCUGAGCCCGGAGCGGCCGCUGAGCCCGGGGCGGCCGCUGAGCCCGGACCGGCCGCUGAGCCCGGGGUGGCCGCUGAGCCCGGGGCGGCCGCUGAGCCCGGACCGGCCGCUGAGCUCGGGGGGGAGGGGGAGAAGUGCACGCUCUCAUCACAACAGUCUGUAUUCAGUAUUUAAAUCAGAACAACUGUGUCAGUAUUUAUACCAGAAAACGCACUGAGUCACAAUUCAAGUUUUACAUACGGUUCAGAAUCAUUUCAGCUGCAGAAAUGUUGUUACAAAGUUGGUCAAAUAAUGCUUAUCCACAAGCAGUUUUUUAAUUGUUUUUUUUUU